GAAUUAUUGGAAUCAUCCGGGAUGUUUUGAUCUUUGAAUCCGAUCAUAUUAUUUACCUGGAUAUUCUAUCACGAGAUUUACGUAGGCAUUAUAGGUAGCUAUUCCAGUUCCUGUAUGUGCAUCAGAACAAAAUGGAUAAGGCAUUUCCAGAAUCUCCAUUGAAAACACUGCUGGCCAGUCCAUCUCCAAGGUCGUCAUCUAUAAGUAGUUCACAGCAAUUUUCAAAGCUUCCACCACAAUGCAACAUAGUAAUGCAAGCACCAAUUCCGACAGGUCCUCAGGAAGCGAUCAACUCCGUGCAAGUGAAAAACUGCGUGGCAACGGUGAGCCUCGGUUGUGAAUUAAAUUUACAAACCAUAAACUUCCGUACGCGAAACUCUGAAUACAAUCCAUCGCGUUUCCACGGAGUGGUCAUGCGAAUUCGCGAUCCCCGGUGUACGGCACUGGUGUUCCGUUCGGGGAAAAUCGUUUGCACCGGAGCGCGUAACGAAAGUGAUGCAAAUCUGGCUGCUCGCAAAUUUGCCCGGAUCAUUCAGAAGAUCGGCUACAAUGUACGAUUUCUAGAGUUCAAAGUGCAAAAUCUAGUCGCGACCGUGGACCUGCGAUUCCCCAUCAGGUUGGAAAACUUGAAUCAAGUGCACGGUCAGUUUAGCUCAUAUGAACCGGAACUGUUUCCGGGGCUGAUCUACCGGAUGGUAAAGCCACGCGUGGUGCUGCUUAUCUUCGUCAACGGGAAAAUUGUAUUUACAGGGGCCAAAUCGGAACGGGAAAUUACCGAUAGCUUAGAAAACAUUUAUCCUAUUUUGCAGAGUUUUCGGAAAAACUAACAUUUGUUUUUGGGUUCCGAGAUCUUGUUUCAUACAUUAUCUUUAGGAUUGCAUAUAAGUAUAUUAGGAUAGAUUGUAGAACGUGUUUACACGAGUUUUUUUUUUGCACUUUAUGUACAAGGCAUUUUAAUUUGUAUAACUGUGCACAAAUUUAUAAAAUAAAGACAGUGAGUAU